GCCCUGAGCUCCCCUUCCCGCUCGUUUCAUUCUCCGGCUCUCCCACCUUCUCCCUCCCCUGCGUAUCGAAUAGAAUCAACCCGAUCUCCUCUCCGUCUUAUCGCCUCGAACCGAGACUCCGAGAGCGCUCGAGCUCGCCCGCCCGCCCACUAUGGACCGCAUAGAGCAAUCGCAACUAGCCUGCUGCAGCCCCUUGUCCCGGCCGGGCUCAGCUCUGACCGACGUGAACCGGGGCGGCGAGACGGGCUCCUCGUCGCAGUCGCAAUGCUCCGACGAUGAUCAGUCGUCGAGAAUCAACUUGCUUCUCCAAGACAGCGAGAGCCUCACCAGGGAUCAGAUCAACGUGGUCGAACUCUCUAUCGCGGUGCUUCACCAGGACAUCGUCCGGGCGAGGAAGUUGGCAAAAAAGCUGGAAGGCAUUGACAUCGACGAACUGUGGCGAGAGGUAGCACAAAUCGAAGCAUCUAAGAGCCCCGAGGUCGAAAUGCUUGCCGGACCGCUUCACCACGCCGCGCAGAGUGCGUACAAGCCCAUGUGCAAGCUCCUUAUCACGCAGUGCAGAUGUGACGUCAAUGCUUCAACGAUUGAUUCCUGUAUGACACCCCUGAUGUUUGCAUUACAUCAUGAGGGAAACAAAGCCAUUGUUAAGUAUCUUAUCAACAACCACGCUGAUCCAAACAAAGGAGCCAACUCUGGAAUUGCUCCACUCCACAUUGCGGCAACUGAAGGUUACUAUGAAAUUGUAGAGUACUUGUUGUCAAGAGGAGCUGAUGUUGACCCCUUAAGUCAAGAUGGCGAAUCACCGUUGUUCUGUGCUGUUUUCCACGGACAUGAAAGAAUAGUGACACUCCUUUUGAAGCAUGGUGCAGAUUAUAACAGAGUUUCAAAUCUAAUGGUAACACCACUCCUCGUGUCCCUUCAUGGUUCUUCAUUAGAUUGCUUAGAGAUACUAAUUGAGGCUGGUGCUGAUAUAAAUGGGGCUGGCUGUUCUGUACCUCCAGUAGCGCUAGCUGCUUAUAAAGGCUUAGAUGGUUGCAUCCAGUGUUUGUUGAGAAAUGGUGCUAAUCCCAACGUGCCUGAUGAAGACAAUAAUAUCCCAAUACAAAUUGCUGCAUUCAAAGGAUGGGAGAAAUGCGUGGAGAUUCUUCUCCCUCACGCACCCCAUUUGCCACAAUAUGAAGGCCUGAGCAUCUCUGAAAUAAUCCACUGGGAAAGAACCGAGCGCUUCCGCAGAAGCAGUAGUGCAAUUGAACAGGGAGAUGUUGCGUACUGGAAAAAAGAACAUGAUAUUGCGUUGAGAUUCUACAAUGAAGCUGCUCAGGUUGGUCACGAGGUCGCAACCUUGUAUGCAAAGAAGAGUCUUUGCUAUCUGCAUCUGCGUGAUCCAGCAAAAUUUAUCGAUGAAGCAAUUAACUACAUAAAUAUGGUGCAGCCAGAUUUAUCGACACUUAACCCUGAGUCUGAUGCUAAGAAAUUGGUGCUGGAAUUUGGUAGAACCUGGAAAGCACCGGGGUCUAGUUCGAGGCAGGAUUCUGGAAGUAGCCCGACUAACAAAACUGGCGAAACAUCCAGCAGUAGGGAGCAUCAGUGAACAUGUGGUGUUGAUAAGUGCUACCGUUAGGAGAUCAGCACGUGCAUUGAAGUGGUAACAAGCUGGGCUUCCACGGAACCCUUGUGGCAUUGAUAAGUGCUACCGUUAGGAGAUCAGCACAUAUGCUAGGAGUAUAGGUCCAGACUUGGCAUCCUUUGUUUUUGGAGGCGAGACUUAUUGAACUCAGUUCUCUUCAUUUCACGCUUUUGGGCCCUUUUCUUUCGAGGUUGGUUUUGCAUUCAACCAGAAAGAACCCUAGUGCUUGCAAAUACGUUUAUGUCUGAGAUUUUGGCGAGGGGAUCGCGAUUCACCACUACACUGGACUCAAAAUCGUCAUCCAUCCAUGACCCGGAACAUCUGAAAGGGGUGACGUCUAUCCACUUCUCUCUCCAGGGAAAACAAAAGGAAAAAUAUCUCUACAUUAUCUUGCAUUUUCGAGCCUCUGACAGAGCUUCUUCCCCUUAUCCCAGCCACAACCAGCAUAUGCUCAGGUUGGCAUAUAAGGUGGCAUCAAGCGGGCCUUUCUGUCUGUGCUUCCUGCCAUUAACCAUCAGAGAGAGCUCAAUAUCUCUUGAUUUCCUGGGGUUGAGCUAACUGGUUGUGUGGAGCAUGACACUAUCAUCUUGCAUUAGCUUAAGUGAAACAUUAACUUUUCUUCUUCUCUUCUUUAAAAGAAUGAGUUGUUGGUUGGUUGGUUC